UGAUGAGUAGUCACGUGGUGCAAGAUAAGCAAAGGAAAAAAGAAAGCAACGAACGAUGGCAGGCCUUCUUAGAUGCUUGAAGGGAUUGAUUGAUGGACUGACGGACUGACGGACUGAUGGACUUUGUUCACAGCCUCCCUUGCCAACAAAUCAUGGAUGGGAGCCAUCUAUCCCCUCCGCCUGCUUCAUCCUCUGCGACUCCGGCUACUCAGCCUCAGCAGACCAUCGGCCAAAGGCCACCUCCUCCCUACUAUCUGCCUCUCUAUCCCCAUCAGCAACAACCGCCACCCUUCCUCUUAGUGGAUCAUGUAGACAAACCGCAACUUCUUCCCCAGGGUCAGGAGCAACCCGUCUUCAUCAAAAACGAAGAUUCUCAGUCCCCAUCCGAGGAAUCCAUGCAGAAGUUAACAGUCACCCUGCCGCGCUUCCAGUCAGGCCCACCGAUAUCGCCCGCCACCUCCGACUUGAGCGACUCUUCCACUCCCGCCUCGGAUGACAAGGCUCUGCUCUCUCUUCGUCUACCUUACGAUACCUUUCUGAAACCAACCCUGCAAGGAAGGAGUCUGGAUGCCAUUUUGUCGCUCCCGGUCUCCUUGCGCGACAGUCUGCAACCGUACUUCUACCACUUCUCCACUUCUUGUGCACGCACAUGUUUUCCUUUUGGUUCAGAGGAGUUAUGUCUCUGGUGGUGGCAACAGGCCAUGAAUCAGCCCGCAUUCCUGUUCAUCCUUCUCACCACCAGUGCCAUCCACAAGUCCGCGUCUGAAACGAUUGCAGGCGGCGUCUCGGUAGCCGCCCAGCAGUCCACCCAGCACGCCCUUCUCUUUCGCGUCAAGGCAUAUGAGUUUGUGCGCCAGAUACUGAACGAGUCGGAAACUGCUGCUCUGGAGACGACCGCGUUUGUCGUGGCCCCAUUAAUAUGUGUUGAGGCGGCCGACGGAAACCAACAGGCUGCAGACGCUCAUGUUCAAGGGCUCAAGAGACUGGUCGAUCUACUUGGUGGUAUUGAGGGCCUGGACCAUGCGAUGGUCUCGCUUUUUUAUUCUGCGGUACAUGUGUAUGGACUUCUCACCAGCUCGGAACCAGCGUUCCCCAUGUCCGAAGAAUGGAAGCAGAGAGUUCUUCAAGAGGUCUUCGCUGUCAAGUCCGAGGAGGAUUUUCGAGACCACUCGUACUUUGGUCACCGUUUCUUCGCCUCGCCCUGGUCUGCGGGACUGGACCCCAGCCUCAGGCUCCUUCUCCAACACUUUCGACAAUUGAUGGUGCACUACAACUACGCGCAGUCAUCCUUGUCAAAAUCAUCGGAGAACAACUUCGCCCUCCUGACUGCAUAUGAGCUUCUCGCCACGACCUACGUUCUCACCCCGUCGGACUUUCAGGAUACGCUGCGCAUUGCGAUGCGGAUCUACCUUGCUCUGCGACUUUGGACCUUUCAAGGGUUGCCAUGCAUGAAAUUCGUGUCUGAAGAGCUACAACACAGUCUGUACACGACACUCCACCUCCUGCAGAGAACGGCGCCGGAUCUCCUAUUUUGGAUUCUGUUUGUGGGAGGCCUCGCCUCAAUGGGCCACCAAACAUCCGCAUGGUUCAAGACCUACCUCUCCAUCACCGCCGGCCAACUGGCCGUGUACAACUGGGAUGCCGCAUUGGUCCUGCUGGAAGGCUUCUGUUUCAUUUACCGGCCAGCAGACACGAUGGCUCGGGAUCUCUGGAACGCCGUUCAGCAGCGUCAGGAGCAAGAAUUCUAUCCGCAAUGACAAUCAAGCCACCGUCGAUGAGACGGACAGCUGAGGCUAUUCGAAGACCGUAUAGAGCUAAAGCACCGACUUCAUUCUACAAACCCUCGAGAACUGAACUCCAGUUCUGCGCUGCGGCCGCUAAAACUAGCCACGCCGACCGAUUGCCUAGCGACGUAUGAUCGAUUUCUUGCGCUCACCUGGCUCUCCAAUGGAAGUGGCAAUCCAACCAGUCCCGCUAACAGCUAGCUCUCUUAGCUACUAUCUUGACCACAGCAUAUCUUUCCUCUCGGUUUCGAGUGUCUGGUCGC